CUUGCUGAUGAUGACAUCAUGGAGGUCCGUCUCUGUCUGCGACAUGACUCCUUCAGCCGGAGACGCUCCGCCUAAACCCGCUUCAGUCGGUGAGAAGGAGCCGCUGGUUCUGGUUCUGGUUCCGGUCCGGUCCGGCGUUACUGGGUCACAGCGAGCUGCUGCCAGCCGGGGCAGAACAGACCGAGGACGGACUGACCUGUUGGAGCCGGAGAAUUAAACCCAGAUUAACCGGAACCAUGCUGGCCCGGUUCGGCUGAUGUUCUGAGUGGAGAGAUGCAGCAGAAGUUGUGCUCCAGAGGUUCUGGCUCCUUCCUGUUGGAGAGGAACGGCCAGGCCUGCGGCGCCCUCCCGGACUCCGUCACUUCCUGUGAGCUCCCGUUCCGAUGCCCCCGAUGCGGCGAGCAGCAGCGGUUCCGCAGCCUGGCCUCGCUGCGGGCCCACCUGGAGUACCGCCACUCCUACCGCUCUCCGGACGUGGUGUCUGGAGACUUCAGCAUCACGGGGUCGCACCCUGACCCGCUGGCGGCCGCCAUCGCCUGGCAGGACGCCAGCCUCCCGGCCCGCAGGGGGCAGCACGGCGCCGCGCGGCCGCCUCACGUCCGCUCCCUCAGCGACAGCAGAGACAGCGGCUACCUGCACUCCUACGGCGCGGUGAGGAGGCGCACCCAGAGCGUCGGCGUGGGGACGCAGGAGGAAGAGGUGGAUGAUGAAGAUACAGGAGAGGAAGAGGAGGAUGGAGAGGAAGCAGAAGAGACCAGAGACGAGUCGGAAGUCAAACAUUCAGACUCAGGACGCCUCCGUCAUCUCCGGUUCCCUCCGGCGUCCCCGGACCCGGACCUGAACCCGAACCUGGACCUGGACCUGGUUGCGCAGAGCUCCUACUGCGGCCGGGAGACGGCGGCGGCCUCGGCGGCGGUUCGGCGGCGGCUGGCCGGCAUCCUGCGGGCCGCCGACGGCACCAUGCAGCGGCGCCUGGCCAAGGUCAGCACGGAGCUGGCCCGGACCGACACCGAGCUGCUGUGUGAGCGCGCCCACUCGCAGCACCUGGCCCAGGAGCGGCAGCAGGUGGCGGAGCGGGAGCGCUCGCUCAGCCGGCAGGUGGACGUGGCCGUCAUGGUGAUCGCCGCCCUGAGGGAGCAGCUCAACGCCUCCGAGAGCGAGCUGGAGCGCCGGGAGAGGGAGGUUCUGACCAUCCAGAGGUUCCUGGAGGCCGCGGCCCGCCAGGAGACCAGCGGGAAAGUCCGGAUCCAGCGCUUCAUCGAGAACCUGCUGGGUCGGAUCGCGCUGGCGGAGAGGCUGGUGGAGUAUUACCAGGUGAACGGCGGGCAGGCGCAGGGCGAGCGCCACAAGCAGCAGCCUGACGACGGCCGACACAGAAUCACUAAAAGCAGGUCGGCCGGGGAUCAGCUGUUCUCCGGUCUCCAUGACAACAGGACGUCCUGCCGGUUCGGCGGCGGGCCGCCGGGCUCCAAAGCGGGUCCGGACCGGGACCGGGAGCGCCAGGAACGCCUGGCCCAGUCCUCCAGGCUGUUCUGCCGGCCGGAGCACAGAGACGACAUCUGGAACCAGCAGCGGCGCCGGUCCACCGGGUACGAGGCCUAGAACUGUGGAGACGGCCCAGACAGACGGGCCUGAACAGAACCUCAGCAGAACCGGCUUCCCUCAGUUCCUGUGGGCGCUGAAUCGAAUUCUGCUGGUACCUUUUAGUUGUGGAUGUUUGUCUGCUGAGGUGAAGUGGACCAGAAAACAACCCGGUUCUGAUCGUUAGCAGAACCAACAGAAGUACCAACCGGACCAGGCUAAAUGUACCAGCUGUGUUCGGUUCCGGAUCAAACCUCUGCAGGGCGGUUCUGGUUCUUCAUACAUCAGCACAAACCGAUCGGGUCAGAACCAAAGUAUUUAUUAAUCAGAAACUCUCCAUGUCCUCGGGUUGAACCUUUUCAUUCUGACCCGGUUCUGCAGAACCUCCAGGAGUUCUGCAUGCAGGCAGCAGAACUUCCUGGUGGAUUUCUCUGGGCUCGGUUGCUUUUUCUGUCCGGUUUUCCAGACGACGGAUUCAACAGUUUCCAGGUUCUGAUCCAGGUUCUGAUCCAGGUUCUUCUGGACCUUAAAGAUGUGAAUCAACAUCCUGAGCAAAUAUUUUCUGUCCAACAACAGAUGUUGACCCGGUCCUCAUCACAGCGUUGGUGUUCAGCUGGUUCUGAUGGUCCGAUCGUAACCACCGUGUGAAAAAUGGGUUUAAAUGAUCUAGAACCCAACAGAACCGGAAGA